AUGACGGAGCAUAUUGACAGGGUCGAGGAGGCUUCGAGAAUCAAGAAUCCGCUGAUAGGAAUUCCGCGACGAGUUCUCCUCAGCAAUGUAGACCAGUUUUGCCGCGAAAAGGACCUGAAUGAUUACCGCGAUCUGCUUCGACGAGGCGCGCUUGUUGCCCAAGAUCCCACCGGGUAUGAGGACAUUACCGGCCAGCAGGCUCUCAGCCAGGAAGAAAUCGAGUCUCUCCGCGCCGAAGUCCUCCACAAGUGGCGAAUACCGAGAAUCCUCUACCUCACCAUUGUCACCUGUUCUAUCGGUGCUGCAGUUCAAGGAUGGGACCAGACGGGGUCCAAUGGCGCAAAUCUCAUCUUUCCCACGGUGUUCAAUAUCGGGAGCAACAGUGUCCAUGACAAGAUGAUUGUUGGUCUCGUAAAUGCUGCUCCGUACAUUGGAACCGCCCUCGUUGGAUGCUGGCUCACUGACCCCAUUAACUCACACUUUGGACGUCGUGGCACAAUUUUUGUAGCUGCAAAUUUCUGCCUCUGGCCAGUCCUAGCCAGCGCUUUUUGCAACACCUGGCAACAGUUACUCGGAUGCCGAUUGCUGUUGGGUGUGGGCAUGGGAACCAAGGCUUCUACGGUACCUAUCUACGCCGCCGAAAAUUCCCCUGCUCCAAUUCGUGGUGCGCUGGUCAUGAGUUGGCAGCUAUGGACGGCGUUUGGAAUCUUCCUGGGAACCUGCGCAAACCUCGCGGUCAAGGGCCUAAGCGGGGAGAUAUGGAGGUAUCAGUUGGGGUCCGCGUUUAUACCGGCUGUUCCUCUUGCUAUUCUCAUUUACUUUUGUCCCGAGUCCCCGCGUUGGUACAUCAAGAAGGGGCGGUACCGAGACGCCAUGCGCUCUCUCCUGCGGCUACGAAAUACACCCAUCCAGGCUGCGAGAGACUUAUACUACAUUCACGUUCAACUUCAAGUCGAACGAGAAUUCAUUGGGCAUGGAGAUUAUCUGAACCGAUUUAUUGACCUUUUCAGGAUUCCACGGAUCCGUCGGGCUACACUCGCUUCUUUUGUCGUCAUGAUUGCACAGCAAAUGUGCGGUAUUAACAUUAUUGCCUUUUAUUCAUCAGACGUUUUUGCGUCUGCGGGAGCGAGUCAAUUCGAAGCACUGCUUGCCACUUGGGGGUUUGGCCUGAUUAAUUUCUUGUUUGCCUUCCCAGCCAUCUGGACCAUUGAUACCUUUGGGCGCCGAUCUCUUUUGCUCUUCACUUUUCCUCAGAUGGCUUGGACGCUUCUGGCAGCGGGCUUGUGCAACUUGAUUCCGGGAAAGCACGGGCUACACAUGGGAAUGGUUGCGCUUUUUGUGUAUUUGUUUGCGGCAUUUUACUCACCCGGCGAGGGCCCCGUCCCGUUUACCUACUCGGCCGAAGUGUUUCCCCUGUCUCACCGUGAGGUUGGCAUGGCCUGGGCGGUGGCGACGAAUCUGUUUUGGGCGGCAGUGCUCUCCAUCACGUUUCCUCUGAUGCUGGAUCGACUAGGAGUUAUAGGCACUUUUGGGUUCUACUCCUUUCUCAACAUCGCGGCACUGGUGUUGAUAUUCUUGUUUGUCCCCGAGACCAAGCAACGAACGUUGGAGGAGUUGGACUACAUCUUUGCCGUUCCUUCGACCGUUUUCAUGCGAUAUCAGACAACCAAGACUCUGCCGUGGUGGAUCAAGCGAUGGGUCUUGUUCCGGAAGAAUGUGCCCCUGGAGCCGUUAUAUACGCUCGACGUUGCAGAACAUCAAGAGGAAGAGGAUGAAGAAGAAGACAACAACAGCAGCGACACGGCAUUCGAAAACGAUAAAGCAAGGGUAGAAAUGAAGGAUAUAGUCGGUUACACGACGGGCAUGAAUGCGACGACAGAAACGGCACAUCGAAACAACAGCGUCUGA